CUUCUUCUUUCCCGCGUCUGCAAAAUCGACGCGAGAAUUUUUCCUCUGUCCUCAUUUUCCAAAAUUCUGCCACUUUGAAACUGACUUUGCGUUAAGUCGGUAACUUCGCGGAGUUUUAUCACAAAUUUUAUCGAAAAGUUCGUUUUUCGGGGGUCAGUCACUUAAAAGUUUUAUCAAUCUAAUCUGAAUAUUCCUCUCCCGUCAUGAAUAUUCUCCGGCUUUCGCUUCUAUUCUUCUGUGUGAGUUUUGUUUUUGCCGAGUAUGGUGACUACAAUAAUGGUGACGAACAGAUCGAAGAUUUAAGCUCCGCAAAGGCAAGGGAUGCUGAACAGAGCUCACUCGACUCCAAAAUAUCCGCAGAGGACCAAAAACAGGACCAACCGCAAGACGAACAACCCAAGAGUGCAGAGAAAAACGACUCAAAGGAACACACCUCAACCGAAGAGCCCAAAACAAAAGCUCCAGAGACGACAAAGGCUCCAGAAGCCGAUGCGGCCAAAAAGGGCCACGAAGCUGAAAAAGUAAAACCAGAACACGAGACCGAAAAAGGCAACGCAACAACCACAGCUGCACCAGCCAAAGACUCCGCCAAGAAGGAACCCGCAACCCAAAAGGCUGAGCCGGUCGUCACCGCCGUAAACCCAGCCAGCCGCGCCGUCUCAGAGCCCUUACCGCGAGUGCACACACCCCAAGGGUUCUACACCCCCUACAACAGCCCCGGAGCUUACGGCCCUUACGCUUUUCCCGGCCCGUACCCCGCCCAGAGCUCUUUUAUCCCGGCCCAGCAGUGGGCAAGACAGCACGGAAGCCCUCCCACCGUCCCCGCACCCGCCCCUCAGUACGCCUAUCAUCACUUCGUGUCCCAAACUCAAGAACCCCAGAUCAUCGCCCACGAGUACCCUCACUACCAAUACUCCUAUUCUCCGUCCUCACCCCAAUAUUCUGCCCCCGCAUAUCAUCUCGCAUCUGCACCCGCCCCUCAACACACCGCCCCCGCGCCGGCGCCCGCCCCAGCUUCCGCACCAUCCUACCAUGCGCCCCAAAAUCUCUACACCCCUGAGGCACAGCCAAUUGCACCCCCUAAUCUCUACACCCCUGAAAUCCAGUCAAUUCCACCCCCUAAGCCCGCCUCCGCCCCUGCUAAACCUAAACCCACCCCCGUAAAAGCCCCAACCACCACCGGAGGCUCCUAUACCCCAGCACAUUUUGAACCGAAGCCUGAACCUGCAAAGCCGAAACCAGUCCCUGUAGGGACGAAACCUGAAGACAUCGACCAGAGAUCCCGCUACGUAUGGAACUGCGCAAUCCAGCCAAGCCAAGGUGAAUUCCGCAAUGAGCAAAGCCUCGAGCCCCUCCCUUUGGACCAGAGAGCCAACCCUGCCAAUUACGCUUCUCAACCAUCAUCGAUGCCCACACCCUUCCAACAGAAGUACGGUAACUACUACCCUGCCGCAGGACAAGACGUCAGCCUCCACGGACGUCAAAUGCCCCAACCCAUCGGACUACCCAUGCUGGCCGACCAACCUCACUAUCCUCAAUCCCAAAGCAUGAUGAUAAACCCGCACCCUCAAGGACACUUCCGUCAGCCUGAUGAACUUCGCGCCUUGGAGCCUCAAGACCUAAUCAGUCAACCGGAACAAGCUGUUGCUCCGCAGCCCCAGGGAUUGAUCAGCCAAUCAGAACAGUUCCGCGCCCCGCACCCUCAGCCAGGACAGCUUCUUUACCCGCAGCCUUUGGGACCAAUGGCCCAGCCGGACAAAUUCCGAUACCCGCAACCCCAAGGACCUAUGAUGAUCCAGCGCAACCAGCUCCGUUACCCGCAGAUGCAGAGGACAAUCCCGGUUUGGAACCCACGCAACAUGAGGUAUCAGCAGUACCCCGCUCCUCAAUUUCGUGGGUAUCAGCAGCCCCUGCAGUACGUCCCUGGAAUGCCUUUGUCACCGGAAUUUCUCUCAAGACCUCAGAUGAGAUCUUUUGAUCAGAUGAACUACCAAAGCUGGCCUCAGUCUCAACGAACACCCGAUAUGCACCCUAUCCUCAGGCAAAACUACGCGCCCGAAUCCGCCCAAAUGAUGGCUGAAGACUCUCAGCGCAGUGCACAAACUCCCAACCACAGAGGUCAGCAACCAGGUGACCACAAAAUCACGCAAGAAUUCCAAGGGUCAGCCAAGGGAUGGAACGUGGACGUUUCAGGGAAAUGGGGGCCCGCACCCCACUCGACGGGGCGCAGCGCUCAGCCGGACAGCCUCCCUGAACAGCCCAUUGUUUCAGGCCUCCAAGUAUCAUAUCCAAUCCCUGCUGAUCAGUAUUUGACCAAUAAAAAAUCUGAGAUGGAAGACAAUUUCACAUCGUCACUGUUGCGAAAAGUCGUCAAGGUAACCGAUGAAUUGCAUGAACAAGGUCACUGGUAAUCCGCGUGAACACGACAUUGUAAGGGGAAUCAUGAUUUGGUAUUCCUCUCCAAACUUGUUGUAAAUUUGUUAGAGUAUUGUUGUGAGUUGCUAGAGUACCUUACUUAUUCAAUAUUCGCGAACAAGUUUCAAGCGGUAAGAGGAAAUUAUGAUUUGUGUACUAAAAAAUUGUGCUCUCUAGAUUCGGCUUAUUUGAUUAAUCAAACUAAUGAGUUAGAUGUAACUUACAACUUCAAUGAGGCAGAAUUACAUCGGAGUUACUUGAAACUGUGUACCUCAUUUAUCGUGCUUAACGAUUUUUUUUAUUUGUAAGUUAAUCGAUUGUUAUUUGUUUUGGCAUGACUGAGAUCGUGAAAAAAGAAAGAAUUUGACUACAUUGGUGUUAAAAAUGCAAAGCUCAAUAUUUGUUUAUACUGCUGUGCUUAACAGUGGCCCCUUUCCCGAGCGAAGGAGUCAUUCUCUUUUUAGUGUAUUUUUUGGACGUAAAAUACUUUUAUAAAAGAGAGAAAUCAGUGAGAUAAACUUCUACUGGGGAGCACGUUAUCAAAUAGGCCACGAAGCAGUUCAUUUGCAUUUAAUGAGCUGCUUUAAAUUAAUUUGACACCAAAGAAUUUGUUAUUUUUGCAGCAUAAGUUUUAAUAUGUUUAAGAAAUUUUAUUUGUUAUGUGUAAUUUUUUGUGUAUAAAUAUGUUUGUACUUUUUUAUAA